UCACUCCUCUCUCCUCUCUCACUCUUAAAAAAAAGACAGCUUUGAAGUGACAAACCCACUCCUACCCAAAAAUUCAGAUGUUAUAACGCUGUUUUUGGCAUUGCUGCAUUGUUAAUUCAAGGCUGACAAUUUAUAAUCAGUUUUUCAGGGUUUCUUUUAUUAUUUACUGUUUGACAUAAAUGCAAAGUGGAUUAAGGUCUGGAAAUCAAAAUAUCUUUUGCUACUUAUGGCUAUGAAGCCAUUAAAUAACAUAUGGAUUCGACGUCAGCAGUGUCCGUGUGGGGAUUGGAAAUGCUAUGUUAAGCAUGAAGGAGAUGAUCAGACAUCAAUAAAUUCUAAUAUUCUUAAGAAUGAGACACCGUCAACGUCAUCUUCAACAGAAGCUGUCUUCACACCUUAUGUAGGUCAAAUUUUCAAAACUGAUGAUGAUGCUUUUGAGUACUAUAGCAAUUUUGCUCGGAAGAAUGGAUUUUCGAUCAGGAAAGCAAGGUCAACUGAAAGCCAGAGUUUAGGGAUAUACAGACGAGAUUUUGUUUGUUAUCGAUCUGGAUUUAAUCAACCAAGAAAAAAGGCUAAUGUCGAGCAUCCUCGUGACCGAAAAUCUGUUAGAUGUGGAUGUGAUGCAAAAUUGUACCUUACAAAGGAAAUUGCGAAUGGUGUUACUCAAUGGUAUGUCUCACAAUUUAGCAAUGUUCAUAAUCAUGAAUUAUUGGAAGAUGACCAAGUACGCUUGCUGCCUGCUUAUCGGAAAAUACAGGAGGCUGAUCAAGAACGCAUUCUUUUAUUGUCCAAAGCAGGUUUUCCUGUUAAUCGUAUAGUGAAGGUGUUGGAGCUAGAAAAAGGUGUUCAACCUGGCCAGUUGCCCUUUAUAGAGAAGGAUGUUAGGAAUUUUGUUCGCACUUGUAAGAAAACUGUGCAAGAAAAUGAUGCUUUACUGACCGAGAAGAGAGAGAAUGAUACUUCAGAACUUCUUGAGGCCUGCAAAGCAAUGACAGAGAGGGAUGCAGAUUUUGUUUAUGACUAUACCACAGAUGAAAAUGAAAAAGUUGAAAACAUUGUAUGGUCAUAUGGAGAUUCUAUUCGUGCUUAUACAUUAUAUGGUGAUGUAGUUGCUUUUGACACCACAUAUCGUUCUAUUACAUAUGGCUUGCUCCUAGGAGUGUGGUUCGGCAUGGACAAUCAUGGUAAUACACUUUUGUUUGGAUGUGUUUUGUUGCAAGACGAAAGUUCACAUUCUUUUGCAUGGGCUUUACAGUGUUUUGUGCGCUUUAUGCAAGGAAGACAACCGCAGACGAUUAUGACUGAUAUAGAUUCAGGUCUUAGGGAUGCCAUAACAAGGGAGAUGCCUAACACUAAACAUAUUAUAUGCAUAUGGCACAUUCUGUCCAAAUUAUCCAGCUGGUUUUCUUCUGCUCUUGGAUCACAGUUUGAAGAGUUUAAAGCCGAAUUCAACAUAUUAUGUCACCUUGAAACUGUUGAAGAUUUUGAGCAGCAGUGGAAUUUGUUAGUUGCUAGAUUCGGACUUACUUCAGAUAAGCAUAUGGCUCUAGUCUUUUCAUAUCGAGGAUCCUGGUCAAUUGCUUACAUUCGAAAUUACUUUGUGGCUCGUACCAUGACAACUGAGUUUUCACACUCCUUAGAUAUAUUCUUAAAAAGAAUCUUGAAUGGACAAACUUGUUUGCAAGUAUUUUUUGAGCAGGUUGGUGUGGCUGCCAACUUUGGAAACCAAAGCGGAGAUCGGAUGCAAUAUACACAUAUAAAGACAUGCAUGCCAAUUGAAGAACAUGCACGGAGUAUUCUCACACCUUAUGCCUUUAAUGUGUUCCAAAAUGAAAUUGUUUUAUCUAUGCAAUACGGGACACAAGAAAUGGCAGAUGGCUCAUACCUUGUGAGACAUUACAAGAAAAUGGACGGGGAAUAUCUUGUUUGGAUACCAGAAGAUGAACAAAUUCAUUGUUCUUGCAAGGAAUUUGAACAUUCUGGAAUUUUAUGUAGGCACUCUCUUCGGGUACUUGCCGUCAAGAACUACUUUCAGCUUCCAGAAAAAUUCUAUCCUCUUCGUUGGCGACAAGAUCAUUCUUUGGUGACUGCGGAUUAUCAAAAUGCACAAAGCAACAGUGAUGAGUGUGCUCAAGCCUUUCAUUCUCUCGCUGCAACUCUAUUGACAGAAUCAUUGGUAUCCAAGGAACGGUUUACGUAUGUUCAUAGAGAACUUACAGGACUUCUUGAUCAUGUCAGAAAUAUGCCCGUGACAGAAGAAUUCUCUUUUAGUAUGGCCAACAACAAUAUUGAAUCUUAGCUUCAUGACAUGGUAAAUGGAGGUCGGUGCAGUUGUUAAUCCAUGCCCUCAGAGUUCGGGGAAAUUGGAUGAAAAUAUACAGAUGUCUAGAAGUUGCACAAAUAAGAAAAGUCAUUUGUCUCUAUUAAUUUGCACGUAUAUUGGCAAACAAAUUGGGGUUGGUGAAACACAGAUUUUUGGUUUUUCACCUCUUACCAUUGUAGAAUUAUGUUCCCGUUUUUCCUUAUUUAAUAUUUAUAGUGAAUUAAUACUUAAAAGGAUCGUGAAAUCCUUGUCACUUGCUGGUGAAAAUGUAAGAACGCAUUAUUUCUGCACAUCUCCGAUUUGACAGGCAACUGAUUUGUAUCAGUCCUUUUUCCUGAAGCUGAUUUUUCUCGGUUGCAAAGAUCAGGUUAUUGGCUAUGAUCUCAAUUCUUUUUUAACUGAGCUUUGAAGAUCUGCUAUGAGCCUAUGACAUGUUGACUGUUGCUCUAUAAUAUGACCGGCCAUAUGAGUAUCUUAUGCGGCAGAGCGAACUCUUCUACCAUCUUGCAUUUCCUCUGGCAGCUACGAUGUACUCCCCCGCCCCUAAACUGAACAUCUACAAAGUUUAGCUGGACAUUUAUUCCAGACAAAUAGGAACCAUUUUGAAACUGAAAUGUCUUGCCCAUACCUACAAACUGUCAUUACCUAGAUUUGUCCAUGUCUCUAUAAGUACAGCCGAGAAGUGAUAUCAUUAUUUGUCGGCUUAGAAUCAUAAAUUUCUGUCACAUAUAUACCAAAUUUGUGAUCAGAUUUCUAUCCUGAGCGUACACCAUACGAAGUGUAAGUUAAUUAAACAUUUUGAAUGCUUUCUUGUCUGCGUGGUUUUUAUCAGAAAGUAGACCAAACCAAAGCUCGUGGGGUCAUUUGGUGGUGAGAAGCAUGUUAAGGUACAGUGACAUUUGUGUCUGCCACUCUUUGCUGGAUUUCAGUUGAUCUUCUUUGAGCAUGCUCGGAUGCAACCGUGCCAAAAAAACCCGAGCAAAGUGGAAACAAAGUUGAGCCAACUAAUGAGAUGGAAGAUUGUUAAGACACAAUCUUAAAGAUUUUACAGACAACUCAUAACUUAACUAAUGUAUGAUGCUAAAACAAGAUUUUGGAUCCAACAUUUUAACCAGAGGAUAAGCAUGCACCUUAUUAAUGUUGGAAAUGGAUUUUUAAACUGCAUAAUACAUUUAGGGUAGAAAUCGACUCUGGAUAUGUAUAUAUAUAUAACAGUAUUAAUUUUAUAUAAUUUUCAUGAUUUGUUUGUUUGUU